CAAAUGUUUGUAAUGCGCAUGCGUUGAUCUCAGUUAUCAAUCUCACAUGUGUUUUCACGUUGAUUACACGUUAUUAUUACAGAAACGUCAAAUACAUAGCAAAAAUGCCAAACGCAUAUUGUGUGUUGUGUGGUAAUCGCGAUAAAUUGGUUUCAUAUUAUACAUUUCCGAAAAAUAAGGAAUUUCGUGAAAAAUGGCUGUCUUUUUGUGGCAUCAACGAAAAAGUUUUGAACACAACAACUAAAUUAUGUUCAAAUCAUUUUCAAAAAGAAGAUAUCAUCAACAAAACGAAAGGUUCAAUCAUUAAGCCCAAUGCUGUGCCGUGCAUUAUUAUUAAAAAGAAAAGGUUACACAUAGAAAAUGUACCAUUGAGCGAAAAUUAUACAACAAUAAAUUUUCCACCGUCAAGUUAUGAAAGAACUGCCAAAACUGAAACAGUUGCAGAAGAAUCUAGAACAAAUCAAAUUGCCACUGAUGAAAUCAUUGUCGAGACUGAAAAAGUUACAGAAGAGAUUAGAACAAAUCAAAUUGCCACCAAUGAAAUUGAAAAUAUGUAUUUUAACAAUGCAUCUCACAAAGAAAAUAUAGCAGCAAAUCGGCCAUCAACACCAUUAAGUUCUAGGAAUAUUGAGUGUUUUCAACAUCUAUCAAAACUGUACGUGUACCUCGCUAUGUUGGUGACAUUCAAAUGUCACAUAUUUAUACACCUAGAAGAGCUAAAAGAGCUUUAGAUAUAGCAAAGAAGACCAUACAAAAUCAACAAAAAAAGAUAAAAGCUUUAAAACAAUCACAAAAGAGAUUAGUUACUCGCCUAAAAACAAUGGAAGGAUUAAUAGGACAUUUGAAACAAAAAGAUCUACUAUCAGAAGCGACUGCUGAAAAUUUAAUGGUAAUUUCAAGUGUAUAGGUCGAUAUUCAUAGUCCGUCCUUAUUGUAAGAUCGUUUUAAAUAAUGUUUUAAGACGCUAAUACGGCUCUGUGAUUGGUUUAUGGCAUUUUAAGACUGUACUUAAGACAAUCUUAAAUAUAAAAUCCGACUAAUAAAUACCAACCGUAGAGAACCCAAGGAGAAUAAAGUCAAAAUAAUGUUAUUUGACAUUAUAUUGACCAAAAAAUGACCAAAAAAUGACGUAAAAAUGACAUUUUUUGUCAUUUUUGGUCAAUAUGAUAUCAAAAUGACAUUAUUUUGACUUUCUGUUCUUCUUGGGAAACUAUUGUAUAAUUUUAUCAGUUUUGUUAAAGAUGAGUAUAGAGUAAAACAACGUUCAUCAAUUUUUUAAAUCAAUUUUUUAAUGUUUCUGCUAUUUUUUUGCAAUUUUUCUACCAAUGACAUUUACUGAA